UGAAUCAUUAAUUUCGCCCUCACAGAUGGCAGAGCACUGGCUGCUUUGAACAUGGAAAAUCUCCUCUCUGACCAGGGCUGCGAGCUGCGACUUCAAUACUGAGAAGAUCUGUAACUGGCUGGGAAAUGGCAGAUAUUCUGGAACUGCGGACAGAUGGAAACUCACUCCUGAAGGCAGUGUGGCUCAGACGCUUGAGACUCACCAGGCUCUUGUUGGAAGGAGGUGCGUACAUCAACGAGAGCAAUGAACGUGGAGAGACACCCCUCAUGGUGGCCUGCAUGUCCACACACAUCGACCAGCAGAGUGUAAGUAAGUCAAAGCUUAUAAAAUAUCUGCUGGACAACCAGGCGGACCCCAACAUUCAGGACAAAGCAGGGAGGACAGCUUUAAUGCACGCCUGCAUUCACAAGGCUGGGUAUGAAGUGGUGGAUCACUUACUGAGCAAUGGUGCUGAUCCCAGCCUGGAGGACAGGAGUGGGGCCUCAGCCCUGGUCUACGCCAUAAAUGCAGAUGACAAAGAGACACUUAAACUGCUCUUGGAUGCUUGCAAAGCUAAAGGCAAGGAAGUAAUCAUAAUCACCACAGACAAGUCACCAUCUGGCACUAAGACUACCAAACAAUAUCUAAAUGUCCCUCCAUCACCAGAGCUGGUUGAGAGAUCUUCUCCGGCAUACUGCACCUCUCCCUCCGAUAUUAAUGUUACUGCAUCUCCCUCACCUGAGCAAGAGCAACAAAACACAGUCUUCAGUUUCCAGACAAAGUUAAAAACCUCUAGCACAGCUGCAAAACUUGCCAAUGGGCCUACAUCACCAACACGGCGGCCUGCAAACCCCAAACGUGCACGUUUGCCUCAGCUGAAGCGGCUGCAAUCAGAGCCUUGGGGGUUGAUUGCACCCUCUGUCCUGGCUGCUGCCGCCGUCACCGCCCAUGAGGAGAGUAAGAAAGCUAGUUCUGAUGAGGAUGUUGUUGCAGGGGUAAACGGGCUCUCUUUGAGUAAGAGGUCAGCUUUAUCUCGACAGAACAGUGUGGAUGGGAAGGACAGCUUAUUCCCACUAGUGGGUGAACAGCCCUGCAAAAUGACAACCUCAUUAUCAGUUCCUCCAGCAGCUAAACCAUCAUAUGAGAGAACUCUAGGCCAACACCAGCCACUGGCACGGCGCAGCACAGUGCCUACAGAGCAGGAGAACAACAGCUGCAUCAGUGGACUAGCCAGUCUGAGAGAUACAAUGCAUAGGAGACAUCUAGGAAAUGAUCACUAUGACUCAGACUCACAGCUCUAUUCAGACUCUGCCAUGUUAGACUCUCCUAAGGUCCCAGUAGAGCGAAGGAAACUAAACACCUCUCCACUUGUGAUGUUAACCAGCUCCAGAGAAUCUCUAGACAGCAAUGCCAGCACAUCCUCUCCCAGCACAGCACGCAGGCGUCCACCUGGCCUCCUGGAGAGAAGAGGUUCAGGCACACUUCUGCUGGAUCACAUCUCUCACACCAGGCCUGGCCAUCUCCCCCCUCUUAACAUAAACCCAAACCCUCCCAUUCCCGAUAUUGGGGCUAGUAACAAGCCCUCCUCACCUCUGGCCACAGGUAUUAGAUCUAUAGCUCCAGUAGCACCAAACACACCAAAGAGAGGUGGUCUCAAGUUGAAGAAGAAACUUGUGAGAAGGCACUCUAUGCAAGUGGAACAGAUGAAACAGCUUUCUGAUUUUGAAGAACAUUAG